AUGAUAUCCUCAACAGGAAAGGCCUACAUCACAGCCCGCUCAGGCAGUCUAUAUCUCCAAAACCGUCCUUUCCGGUUCGCGUCGUUCAACCUCCCCACACUGCUCACGUCCACCCCAUAUGAGCAAGAAGACCUGCUCUCUACCCUUGCACUUGGAUGGCCAAAUCCAGUCGCAAGGACGUAUACUCUUCAGUUGGUGAGUAAGAGGAUUGGACAAGGGGAAGCGAAUAUUAUCGGAUGGGAUGGGCAAGCCGGGCGGUGGAAAUGGGACGAAGGCGCGAUGAGGAGGUACGAUUCUGCACUGGCACUGGCAGCCAAGUAUGAUGUCCGACUUAUCAUACCGAUCAUAAACCAAGACUAUGGAGGAGACACGAACUGGGUGGGAAACUUUACCGAUCUGUGUAACUGGGUCGAACCUGGUGCACACUGGUGGACAAGCGGGCGCAUGAUCGACGUUUUCAAGCUCCUCAUUACCGAUCUCCUCAAUCGGGUCAAUACCCUCACUGGUGUGCGGUACUGCGACGAUCCAACCAUAUUGUGCUGGGAAACAGGGAACGAGAUGAACGGGAGUACGGAGGGGAACCGCCCUGCUCCAGGAGCGUGGACGGUCGAGAUCGGGAACCAUAUCAAGCAAUUGGCCCCAAAUACUCUCAUCAUGGAUGGCUCCUUCGCGCGAAAUGACAACCAAAAGUCAUGCUGGCCUGCCGAAGUUCUCGUUCCUAAUUCUCCGAUCUCUAUCCUCAGCUACCACUACUACGGUUCCGGCGACGCCUAUCGGCUUCCAAAAGACGUCUCUUUCGCACAGAAGCAUGGAAAAGUCUUCAUCGCGGGCGAGUUUGGGUUCUUUCCUGAAGCGCACGAGUUUGACGCUUUCUUCCUGAGCGCGAGGAAGGCCGGUGCUGCUGGUGCUCUGGUUUGGGCUAUGCGGGGUCAUGCCCAGGAUGGGGGAUUCGACACACACGGAGAAGACGACGAAAUCUGGGCAUAUCACGCUCCCGGGUGGACAACGCAAGAAGCCCGUGAAGAAUGGGACGCCAGGGAGAUCGAUGUCAUCAACGCUGUUAGGCAAGCGGCACACGAUUUUGCGGGCUUGAAGUGCGGCCAACACCCAGUCCCGGUGCGGCCACCCGAGGCUUGGGCUGUCCAGCUCCCGGGAGGAUCGUGGGGUCUGGCAUGGCGCGGUUCGGCUUGGUCGAAGACGUACGAAGUCCAUUCUGACAGAAGCGAAACGCUUGUACAUCCUUCGGCCGUAGACUGCUGCAUGAAAGGCAAGCUUAUGUUACCUCUUCCUGAUUUGGGCCUAAGGGAGGGGGAGAAGGCGUGGCUGAGGGUGAGGGGGGUGAGUGCUGAAGGGCAGGUGGGACCGUUCUCGGAGGCGGUGGGCAUUCCAAGUUGGUGA